UGCCGAUUUGCCGAGCUCGGCAAUUUUUUCCAUUUGCCGCACACCCCUGUUCUAUACCUUUGCACAGAAGUAUUCCAUUUUAUAACAUUCCUUCUCGCGGCUCAACGCUUCCUUGUUUUCUAUUUCCCAAACACCGAGAGGAGUAUUGCCAUUGUUCAAAAAUUUAUGACUAAAUAUGUUUGGUUUUUAUAUUUAGUAUGUAUUACCAAAGAAAUUACGCUCAUGUACGUUGUCCGCCCACAAGCAAAGUGCGAAAGGUCUGGUCCUUAUGAACCUUGUCAUUACACCGGAUUCAUUUUGUUCUUCCAAGCGUUGUUAUUUCUUUCUAUACCUUUCUAUAUCCCAAUAAUGAUCAGUGUUUGAAAAAUAUCGUCCUCUCAAUACUGUAAAGUGCAAAACUACAUUCAUUGGCAAACACUAACGAUCUUUGUUUGCAAAUCGUUAUCAAUUUUGACCCGGAACUUAUUUGGAGACCUAAUAGUAGCUUUGGACAUUGUAACGACUCCUUUAACUGUACAACUAUCCUAUUUGGGGAGUAAUGGGGUUUCAUUGAGGAUAAUCUUCAGAGAGUUGUUUGGUGGUGAAGGAUCUUCAACUAUUGCACCACAACUUGCUCACUAG